AUGGAGAGUGCUGCCUUCCACAGAAACUCUUCAUCAUCUAACAGCUCAGCCAACACGGAGCUCUUGUCCCGGACUGGUUACACAAUUCUGGCCGUUAUCAUGGGUGUGUUCUCUGCGGCAGGGAUCAUCCUCAAUGUCGUGGUGAUUGUGGUGACGGUGAAGCACAGACAGCUGAGGCAGCCACUCAGCUAUGCUCUGGUUAACCUAGCUGUUUGUGACCUGGGCUGUGCUGUGUUUGGAGGCCUGCCCACCACAGUAACCAGCGCCAUAGGAUACUUCAACCUGGGACGUGUGGGCUGUGUGUUAGAAGCCUUUGCUGUUUCCUUUUUCGGUAUAGCAAGUCUGUGCACAGUAGCAGUCAUUUCUGUUGAACGCUACGUAGUGGUGUGUUAUCCCAUGGGUGCGGUCCUCUUCCAGACCAGGCAUGCAGUUGCUGGAGUGGUACUGUCCUGGGUGUGGUCAUUUGUGUGGAGCACUCCACCUCUGUUCGGGUGGGGAACUUUUGAGUUGGAGGGCGUCAAAACCUCCUGUGCUCCUAAAUGGCAUAGCCGUGAUGUUGGGGACAUGUCCUACAUGAUAAUAUUCUUCUUCCUUUGCUUUGCCUUGCCCUUUUCUGUCGUCAUGGUUUCUUACUCGCGGCUUUUAUGGACUCUCCGCCAGGUAACCAAGCUGCAGGUAUCUGAAACAGGAAGCACAAGUCAUGUAGAGGUGCAGGUGGCACGCAUGAUAGUAGUGAUGGUGCUGGCCUUCCUAGUCACCUGGCUGCCAUAUGCUGCGCUUGCACUUGCUGUCAUGAUAGACUCCAGUCUAUAUGUUGACCCUGUCAUCGCUACCAUUCCUGUGUACUUUGCAAAAAGCAGCACUGUCUACAACCCCAUCAUAUACAUUUUCAUGAACAGACAGUUUCGAGGCUACACUGUUGCUGCGGUUCUGUGUGGAUGGGACCCCUGGUCCUCUGAGCCGCAAACAUCUGAGAACGAGACCACAGUUCUGUUUUUCAUCAAGACCCCCAAGAAAAUUGUGCCUAAAAAAUCUUUGGAAUAG